AGCCUUUUUCUUUUUUUGUUACUUCCUGGACAUUCCGUUUGGUUUUGCGUUUAGCCUGUCUGUGGGGACUUUUUUUUGCCCCACGUUGAGUUGAGUGAAUGAAUUUCCUUUUUCCUUUUCUUUUUCUUUUCUUUUCGAGCGCAACUUCUGUACUGGGACUUCUUUUUGGGCUGUCUGGCGUGGGCGUGGGCGUGAUGUUUGUUUUCUGCGAUUUGUUUUUUUGCAGUGUUCUUAUUUAUUUAUUUAUAAAUUAUCAACGUUCGAACUUCGGUCCUCGGCGCUCUCUCUCUUUCUUUUUCGGCCGUUCAAACUUUCUUUCUUUCCUUCUGAAGGGAAGGGAGGGUGGGUUUCGGGGUUUUUGCUAUUUGUCCGCCUCGACUCUCGAGGCGUCUCUUCCCCCCCACUAUUUCAUGCUUCAUGCCCCACAGUUUCCAAUGGAGCGAAUGGAAUCUAUAUGUAGAAAAUAAAGUACGCCUUGAAAGUUGAGUGCUUUAUGACCUC